AGUGGAGAAUCUUUAGACGGACAGGAAAUCUGGAUUUAAACUAAAGCAAGAAGGCUGGAUAUUUUAACCAAAACUUAGUUGGUUUGAGGUUUUCACUCACUUAUGGAGAAAAUGGAAUACUACCCAGAUCAGGGUUCUGAGUGCUCUGAGCUGCUCGACUGGCUGUUUGAUAAAAAUGAAGGGAUUCUGCGCCAUGAGGAAAUAGGACAGCCUGGCAUCCUUCCCAAUCUGCCAUUUCAGGAGCCAAAUAUGCCCCAGCCAGCUGAGCAGUCGGAAGAUGACUUUCUCAAUGCCCUUCUGAGUGGGAGUGAUUCUGUGUCAGCCUCACCUCUGUGGUCCCCAUCUCCUAGUGAUAGUGGGAUCAGUGAGGACCCUCCAUCGGACCAGAUGGAUAGCCCUCAGCGCCCCGAAAGCCCCCCAGAUGCACACUUUUUUGCUACAGGACCACUGGCCAAAGCAGCCCUGGAAGCAAACAAAUCCCCUGGUUCAAAUGGCUGGGAGCUCAGCUUUCCAGUCGGGAGAGCAAGGAUUACUCAGUAUCCAUCAGAGGCGCAGCGACCAAAACUGUCACCUGGCUUCCCCCUCACUGUCAAAGAUCUGCUGCUGUCUGGCACACCAGAGCUGCCCCCCAAGCCAUCCCAAAAGUCAGUCGAAGAACUGAUUCUCAACGAUGAUGAAAAGAAGCUUUUAGCAAAGGAGGGGGUCACCCUGCCUACCCAGCUGCCUCUUACAAAGUAUGAGGAGAGGAUUCUGAAGAAAAUCCGCCGAAAGAUUCGCAAUAAGCAGUCUGCACAGGAGAGCAGGAAGAAGAAAAAGGAGUAUAUUGAUGGACUGGAGAGCCGAAUGGCUGCUUGCAGUGCUCACAACCAGGAGCUGCAGAGAAAGGUGUCCAACCUGGAAAAAUGUAACAUGUCUCUAAUGGAGCAGCUGCGCAGGCUGCAAGCUAUGGUCAUGAACUCCUCCAACAAGCCAGCCCAGACUGGGACAUGUCUUUUGGUGGUUCUGUUGUCCUUCUCUCUCAUCCUGUUCCCCAACCUCAAGCCCUUCUCAGAUUCGAAGGUCAGCGAGGGUGACUUCAGCCCAGUCAGAAUCCAGUCACGGUCGCUACAGAACCUCCAGGCUUCCCGUGUGCUGCAUGUUAUCGACCCUUCUUACCCCAGCGAGGAUGAAUCAGACUCACUGAACCAGCAUUUCCCAGAAGAGCAAGGAUUGGAAGACAUCACAGACCUGAUGGGGAAGCUGGCGGUAAAACAAGAGCAGUCCAAUUUGGACUCCGUGUCUCUGAACAGCAGUCAGGAAGAUGGAAUCAGUCAUUUUCAUGUGGAUCCAAUUACCGGCCACAUAGCUACUGUGACUCUGAAUCCACAUCGCACCAACACGCUACAGCCGCAUGCUGACGACAUGUAAGAAAAAUAAUUAGUCAGUCGUCCUAAUGUUGAAGGAGAGAAUUAACAGGGACUUUUGUUUACACCGACCAGGGUAAUUAUCUUCAAAUCCCUCCUGUUAUGCUUUUAAAACAAUGCAGUGGUUUCCAAAAGUCAACUCAUGAGGCCAAAUAUCAGGUCGGGCUAAAAUAUCCCAAAACAUUGUUGAUAAAUUUGUGGUCUGAGGAUAUUUCAACUGUUGGCCAGAAUUCCAAAAUAUAUGACAGAAUGCAGCAGCUCUGCUCAUUACAGAAGAACAGGAGACUAAUAGUUUAAUUUGGUGGUAGUAGCAUCAUUUGUUAAGGUUGCCUUAUGAAAAUACUGAACAGCUCUAAACCCAGAAAGCCAAAGAUGCAGAAAGAGGUCUUUUUUCAGCAUUUUUGCAACCCUUUACAUUAAAAUCAACAAGACUGUUCAUAUAAUUUAUAUAUACCUGAAGAAAUGUUGUGGACAAGAGCUGUCUUAGAACCCAGUUGAUGUGAGGAAUUCUGUAAGAAUGUGUCUCCUAAUGUUUUAGAUGAAGUUAUAUCAAAGUAAUAGGGGAAGCAGACUGAAUUUAACAAAUCUUUUUGUUGAGUUUCAGCUGAAUUUCUGCAGUAGGCAUUAGACCACUGCAACCUGGUUGCCAAAAAAUCUUUUAAAAUGCUGAUUUGGUCUUUUUGUGUUAAAAAAAAGCAUUUUAAUAGGGGUGUCUAGACUUUUAAAACCUCCACUGUAUGUAGCAUGUACCUUUUUCUUA